AUGCUCCGCAGCAGCAAGGUGGCGCCCAUCUGCCGCGCAUGGCGGGCUCUCCGGCGCCGCGGCGGCCCGCAAGUACCGGGCGCCCCGGCUCGCCUGCCUGGCGCUCCUCCUUGCGGCCACCCUCGCCACCCUCGCCGCGCUCUUCCUCGUCCUCGUCCGGCCGGCCGCCACCGCCGCGCUAAAAAAAAAAAACCGGCCGCCACCGCCGCCGGCGCGCCGGCCCUCACCCUCGCCGUCUCGGCCUGCUCGCUCACCGUGGCGCCCGCACCUGCGCCGGCGCCCGCCCACGCCGCCUCGGUCGCCUUUGGCCCGUCCGGCCGCGGCGUGCUCGCCUACGACGCGUCGUCGAAUACCCUCACCGUCGCCGCGGCCUCGCCGACCGCCCUCGGCUGCUCCGCCGUCCUCGUCCUCGCCCCGGACCAGCCCUUUGCCCCCAUCGGCCUCGUCGUCAACGCCUCCCGCGCCGCCAACGUCACCAUCGCCGCCGCGCCGUCUGCCCGCCUCGCCCUCGCCCCGCCGCUCUCCGCCGUCGGUGCCUUUGGCUCGCUCGUCCUGCGCCGGCUCGACCUCGCCGCCCCGCUCGCACUUGCCCUUGAUGCCGGCGAUAUCGUCGGCGACGCCCUCGCCCUGCCGGCCGCCGGCGCCGGAUCGGCCGCCACUGCCGCUGGCUCGGUCACUCUCUCCACCACCACCUCGCUCGCCCUCAGCUACACCGUGCCGUCCGACACAUCGUGCCUCACUGCUCCGGUCCUCGCCACCCCACCGGCCUGCUCCACCGCGCCUGCCACCAAUGUCUCCUCCUGCUCCGGCGCCAUCCUCACCAACGCCGCCGGCGCCGCCCCCGUCGCCCUGGCCGCCUCGGCCUCUUACGAGGUCCACGCCGCCGUCCUGGACGCCGCUGGCGCCUUUGUCACCUCCACCGCGCCAACGUCACGCUACACAGGCACCGCCCGAAGCCUUGCCCUCUCGCCGGCCUCGCGCUCCGCCCUCGCCGGCCUCCACGAGGCCAACGACCUCUCCGACGUCGGUUACGAGCUCAUCCGCUUCAAGCUCACCGGGCCCGGCGCUCCGGGCCACGACACCGCCUCGUACAUGUGGGUCCUCUCCAAGGUCUUCCUCCGGCUCAACCUCCGCUACCUCCGUACCGUCUCGCUCGGCCUCCUCUCGCCGCUCGCUGCAGACCUCGAGCUCCGCUUCUCGCCGGGCUUCUGCCCGACAGACCCGGUCCCGGCCUCUGCCACCGCCUCCAACAGCCUGCAAGUCACCUCCCGGACCGAGGCCCGCCUCUUUGCCUCCUAUCUCACCAUCGCCGCCGCCGCCUCCUCAGACGGCGUCCUCGCCCUCCGCACCCCCGACGAGCCGGCCGCCUCCUGGUCCAUCUACGAGUACGACCCGGCCUCCGAGCGCUACCUCCGCAAGCGGGUCUCUUUCCUCGACGACAUGCUCCUUGUCAUCCUCAACGGCCUCGCCAUCCUCGCCUCGCUCCUCCUCGCCUUUAUCGUCCUCUUCCUCACCCUCAAGCUCGUCUCCUCCCGCUGGAAGGCCGAGCUCGCCGCAGCCCGGAAGGCCCUCAAACUUCGCAAGGUCUCUGCUGCCGCCGCCACCGCCGCCGCCGCAUCAGCCUCCGCCCCAGCUACCUCGAUCGAAGCAGGCCCCUCCGGUGCCUCCUUCCUACAGCAGUCAGGCGUCUUCUGGUACUUUUCCAAGGAGGCCGGCAAGUUCUCCGAGGCCCAGCUGAUGAAGAAGGCCAACGCCGCCAUCAUCAAGGGCAAGUACAACGACGAUGGCUCCGCCCAGUCGCGCGCAGACGAGGUCUCGCUGGAGGACACCCUCGUCCAGCCAAAGCCCAAGUCGCGCGUCCAAGUCCUCCGUGAGAAGCUCGUCGCCGCAAUCGACUUUUUCUUCCGCAACAUCUUCUCCGUCAUCUCCGUCUACGCCAUCUUUGUCGCACCCACCGCCUUUAUCGUCGUCGCCGCCUACAUGUACGAGGCCGGCACCUCGAGCGUCAUCUUCCGCAUCGUCGCCGUCUCGCUCUUUGGCGCCAACCUGCUCAUGGGUUCGCUCGAGUUUGCCUUUCACCUCUACCGCUUCUCCUCGGCCUACCGCUUCCGCGCCUACCUGCAGUGGAUCUUCCACCGCUACUUUGCCGCCCUCGUCUAUGUCAACCUCGUCGGCGUCUUCCUCAUUCUCAUGUGGAUCCUCCUCGGCCUCGUCAUCAACACCAUCCGCGUCCUCCCCUGGGCUACUGCCGUCCUCACCAUGGGCGGCCAUGUCACCUUUACCUACAAGAAGCUCAAGUCGUGGAAGGAGCUCGUUGUCAACGCCUUUAAGGACGUCUUUGACACCAUCCUCUCCAUCGUGCCCACUCAUCUCGCCACAAAGACCAUGGGCGCACUCGCCGCCGCAGGCAUCCCCGUUGCUGGCGCUGCUGCCGCAACUGGCGACGAUCCAGACGAGCCUGGCCCGUCGAACCCGCAGGAGCUCAUGGCUACCGUCAUGGCCGCCUCGCGCUCCGCGCUCGACACCGUCUCUGCCUUUGAGGCCCUCGGCAACGCCCACACCGUCGCCCUCUUCUCCAUCGUCUCCACCCUCACCGCAGGCAUGAAGGCUGGCGAGCCGCGCUCCCAGCUGCUCCUCGACGUCAUCCGCGGGCCUAUCGCCUCGCUGCUCGGCCCCUUUGCGCCCGACGCCCUGGACCCCUUCCUCAACGUCUUUGCCACAGUCUUCGGCCUUCUCGAGGCGACCGCCCUCUCGUCGGCCGCACACAUGCCGCACGCCAUAUCAACCACCAAACUCGACUUUGCGCGCUCCAUGAACACUGGCGUUGCGCGGAUGCGCGACAUCGGCGACAGGCUCGAGACCCACAUCACCCCCGCGCUCCGUAAGCUUUCUUUUGAGCUCUCCGCGCCCGACGUCCUCGCCCGCUUCUCCCCGCUCGACGUCCGCAACUGGCUCGCCAUGGUCGAGCUUGACCUCGGCCCAGUCUCCGACUACUACGCCACGCUCUCCGGGCCGGCCCUCCUCUCGCUCACGCCCGACAACAUCUCCGCCCGCUUCCCGAACCUGCCCCACGACAUCGCGGCGUCUCUCCUUGCCGAGCGCGACAGGCUCGUCGCCUUUAUCAACAUUCGCCUCGCCAAGGACGACAUGACACCCGACGGCGCCCACGCCCGGGCAACCGCAAAGACCUCCCGCGUCGCCGCCGCAGACGACGCAUCGCUCUCGGGCUCGGGCUCGGGCUCAGCCUUCCACCACGACCGCGAUGGCUCAGACUCGCCUCCCGACUCGCCCGGCGAUGACCUCUCAUACUCGUCGGUCCUCGGCUCGUACUCGGGCUACCAGCACUCGUCGUCCGACGUCGCAGGCUCCGGCCUCUACUCGGCCUCGGCCUCGGCCUCGUACUCGUCGUCCGACUCGGACCGCGCCGGCGUCUCGAGCAUCGUCAACCCGGACCGGAUGCGCGAGCUCUUUGCCGAGUUUACCGGCGCUCAGUUUGCCGCAGCAACUCCUGCAGACCUCCGCUCGCUUGGCCUCCCACUCUACGUGGUCGAGCGCGUCCUGAUCGCCCGCGACUCGCUCUCGGCAAAACUCGCCGCCGUCCAGGCCCGCAGGCUCACCAUGACCAAGCUCUACGCGCCCGAGCCCACCGACCGCCUCUCGGCUCUGGUCAACUCACUCAAGGCCAAGCUCCGCGCCCUCCUAGCCGGCGAUCUCACCGCCAAGUUUAUCGCCGUCUCGUCCGAGUCGUCGCCCGCCGCAGAAGGCCUCCUCGCCCACUUUGCCUCGCUCCUCACCUCGGCCCGCCAUCCGUUUGCCCCGCUCUUCCGCCGCAUGCUCACCGCUUGCCGCUCCGCCCCGGACGUCGCCACCGCCACAUGGCAGAACUUCCUCCGUCAGCUCAAGGCCCAGCUACAGUCUAACGAGAGCUUCGCAGACAUGGUCGUUGAUGCCCUCCUUGCUGCUCUUCGCGCCGCGCCGCCCGUCCCGCACGCCACUGCCUCGGCCACAGAGCUGGCCGCCUGGGGCCUCCGCGUCGUCAAGGCCGGCCUCGCCUGGCUUGGCUCGCGCCUCUCGGUCGUCGUCUUUGGCCAGCUCACCGGCCUCGUCGCCGCCCCGGCCGCCACCCGCCACCCACUCUCGCUCACCGCGCUUGCCCUCGACGCCAUUCCAGCCGCCCUCCACCGCCCGCAUCUCGAUGCACUCUUCACCCGCAUCUUUACCACCAUGCUCUCCAAGGGCUCCUCGUUUGCUCGGGUAGUCGACAAGGUGACCCAGGCAUCGGUGGUUGACCUGCUCGGCCGAAAGCGCGGCCCGCGCCGCUCCGCCCCGUCCUCGGCCUCGGCCUCGGCCUCGGCCUCGUCGCCGACCCCCACUGCCGCGCUCCGUGCCCCGGCGCCAACCCCGCUCGCCGCCCUGGUCGCUGCCGUCGCUCAUGCCGCGCCUGUCGACACGGCGUCGGUCGGCACGUCGGCCGCAGCCUCGGGCGCCGCUCUCGCCGCCGCCAUCGAUCACAACCUCGACAACUUUGAAGAGUACGUGACAAAGCCCGGCCAUGUCACCGCCUUUGUUGACUCGCUCACCUCCCAGACCGAGUCAAUCCUCCGCUCCGCCGGCCUCUCCGUCCUCGUCGAUCGCCUCCGCCACCUCACCGACCGCAACCGUGAGUCCGAGUCGGCCGAGACCCACAUCCGGCUUGCCUCCAACGUCGUCUCGCUCAUCCGCACCGCGCUCAAGCUCGACGCCAUCCAUGUCCGUCUCGAGCUGGCCUUUAAGCACAUGGCUUCGUCGGCGUCGACCCACAAGACCUCACGCGCCCUCAACGUCGCCAUCGAUGACCUUGCCCGCCUCGUCGCCUCGCCGCUGGCCAAGGCCAAGGCACUCGCCGCCGCACGUGCAGAGGUUACCACCCGUGCCUCCAAGGCUGCCGCAGUUGCCAUCGCCUCGGCGCUUGACACCCCGCACCUCUUUGCCGAGCUCUUGGCCAAGCUCGGCGGUCGCACCUCGCUCGCAACCUUCCUCGCCGAGUCGCCGGCCAAGCUUGCGUCCGCCAAAGCCUCGGCCGCCCGCGCGCUUGCUCUCCGCAUGCGCGACACGCUCGCCGCCAAGCUCCACCUCGGCCCGGCCGUCUUCCGCUCUUGGAUCGCCGCCGGCUUCAAGGACUUGCUCUCCGCCACAAUCGUGCUCGAGCCGCUGAGCAACGCCCGCCACGCACUAGCCUCGCGCAUGGCUGCCCUUGCCGACGCCCUUGACGCGCUCUCGGCCGAAAUCACCACUGCUAGUACCGACGCCAACCUUGACGACCCAGCCGUAACCCGAGCGCUCGAGCUGCUGCUGGCCAAGCAACUGACGCUCUCGGCCAAGCUCUCGUCGCUCGGUGCUCUGGCAAGCUCAAUCGACGGCGCCUCGCUCGGCAACGCGCUCUCCCGCGGCUUCCCAGCCUCCCGCACAGUGGCUCUCCUGCACGUCGCCAUCGCGCCCUCUCUCGACCCGCUCCUUGAAGCAGUCGUCCACGUCAUGUCGUCGGUCUCGGGCUCUUCGGGCAUUUCCAAGUUUGGCGCCCAGCUCGCGUCUGCGCUCUCGGCCCCGCUCGACCUCUUGGCUCGCCAGACCGCCGUCCUCAUCGCCAAACUCGAGGACGUCCGGACCGUCGUCGACGCCGACGACGAGAUCCAGGACGCCAUCGAUGCGCUCGAGGCCACGACGCAGACCUCGCUCUUUGGCGAGGUUCUUGCCCCGGCCGCUGUCUUUGAUCUGUGGGACGCUGCCCUCGACGCCUUUCUUCCUCCCGCCCAUGACCUCUACCUUGCCCUCGCCGGCGCCGCAGAGACCGUCUUUGGCGCGGCGCCAGCAGACCCGGAUGCCGUGCCGGGCAAGAAGAGCGCCGCGCUGCGCCGAAGCGUCAAGGCCCAGUUUGUGGCGCUGUUCAUGAUCCCAGCAAGCGCCGCCCCGGGCGUUGAGCUCAACGCCGCCGACUCGGACGCCGCCGACUGGCCUGCGACACUUCACGCCCUCGACUCGCUUACAAGCUCGUCGGCAGCGCUGGUGGAUCGGGCCUCGCUCGCCUCGCUCGCCGACGCCCUGGCCAGCGCCCUUCUUGAUGCCCAGCUCGGCUCGGCUGACGCCAUGGGCAAGCUCAUUGCCGAUCUUGUGCUGGCAGCAACGCCCAACCUUCGGGCCUUUGUCGCCGCCGUCUGCUCUCCGUUUGUCACCAGCUGCGAGGAGCUCGUCCACGACAAGCCACUCUUUGAGCUCGAGUCGGUGGUCCGCGCCGUGGUCGAGGCCGCCGUAUCGGCCACGUGGGCCGCCAAGGCGGGCGGCUCGCUACAGGCCGCGACGAAGCCGUUUGUCAAGGCCAUGACCUCGAUCAUUCGCAAGACUCUCCGCUUUGUCACUCAACCCUCGCUUGCCCUGCCUGAUGAAGAACUGGAGAACCUCCGGUGGGCGCUGCGGAGCGAGGCCAACCUCAUGUCCGGGAGCUCGGGCGAGAAGCGGUCGCGGGUCCAGGGCGCCAUCGCCGCCGUCGAACUCGCGCUCGCUGCCGACUCGUUGGCCUCGCUCGGUGGCCACGUCCUCGACACCCUCCUCGGCGCUAUGCAGGCUGUCGGCUUUGCCGCCUUUGCCGCGCCGUUUUCGGCAGUCAAGGCCGCUUUCUCGCGGGCCGGCUUUGACGCCGCCCUCCUGGAUGCCAUGCGAGCCGCGCUGCUCGACAAAGUGCUCGAUCCAUCGGUGACGCCGCGGGGCUCGCUCGGCACCAUGCUUGCCACGCUCGUUGUCUCGCCGACAACCGCCGCUCUGGAGGUGGUGCCCAAGGCGCUGGCCGCUAUGACCGCGGCCAUGGCGCCCGCACCGCUCCUGGUCACGGGCGCCUCCUCGGCCCUGCUCGCAGCCUUUGUCACCCAGCACGGCGACAGCCUGGCCAAGGCUGCCGAUCCGACCGCUUCGCUCGCUGACGGUCUCGUCAGCUACCUCCUUCGCCCGUUUGAGGCCUUCUUUGACUCAGCCUUUGCCUGGGGCUCGCAGGGCCUCGACGCGCUUGCCGGCCUCUCCAUCGACGCCAUCAUCGACCCGCUCUGGGCUGCCAUGCCCGUCGAGCUCUUACUGGUCAAGUGCCACGAGGUGCUCGAAGAAGUGUUUGGCUUUUUCUCCACCGGCGUCAUGUCAACGCUCCGCUCGGUUGUCGGCGACAUGCUCAACACCGCCGGAGCCGUCGAGGAUGCCUUUGCCUCGCUCAUCGACGCCGUCCGCGGCGCGCUCAUGUCGGUCCGGUCGGUCCUGGCCGGCACCCCGGUCCAGUUUAUGGAGUUUUUCCUCGACUAUGUCGACACCCAGCUCGCCGAGGCGCAUGUCUUCCACAACAUUGUCGACUCGCUGCUCGACGAAAUAGGCGCCCUCACCGCAUCGCCGGCCGUGGCUGUUGCGGCCGCGCGUGAGGGCGUGGUCUACGCCCAGACCGAACCGCAGCCGACGGUGCCCGGCGUCAUGGCGGUGGUGCUCAAGGCACUGGCUUCCAACUCACCGUCGCUGGCCGGCGCCCUGGUCCAGGUUGUCGCCAAGGCCGUGGUCCCAUUCGACUUCCUCAUCUCACUCAAGGACGCCAUAGUCACCAUGGGCACUGGCGUUGCCGCCCUCAUCCGCGAGUUCAAGGCCGGCUCGUCCUCGUCCUCGCGCGAGUCGUCGUUCAACAUCGCCGGCCUCGCUGCAGCGCUCGGGCAAGUGCUCGAGGUCAUUUUCUCGCGUGUCGACCUGCGGCAGGUCGUUGAGCGCGGCCUGGUCCCUAUGGCGUCGGCAGUCGUGGGCAGCAUCCCGCCCGACGCGCUCGACGAGAUCUGCUCUUCCUGGUUCGACUCGCUGUACGAGGCCGUACUCUCGCAAGUGGUACCUGAGGUGGUCGAGGUCCUCCCCAAGAGCCCUGCCUUCCGCGAUGCCGUGGCCUCGGUCUUCAACCCGGCAGUGUUCGAAGACGUGCCGGGCCUCGCUUUCCUCGGUCCCAAGCUCCAGGCCUUCCAGAAGAAGCUCUCGGGCCCGUACUACUUUGACAUUACCAUCGGCGAUGUGUUUGCCUCGUUCAAGACCGCGGCAGUCAAGGCGCAGCGCGGCGACUGGGCAAGCACGCUCAACGAGUUUGACCCGGACCCCAAGGUCACACCGCUGGUCAAAAGCCUCGUCCGCAAGCCGCCGCCGGGAACGCCCGCAUCGCUAAAGGCCUACGUCUCGCACUACGCCAAGAGCAUCAUGUCGGACUCGGUCUUUCCGCAUUUUUGCGAGGCGCUCGUCUCAGAGAUGGUCUACUCAUCGACCACAGUGGUUGAGGGGGUGUUCAUGGUCCUUGUCGACGCGCUCUCUCGCGAGCCGGACCAUAUCCUGCGCAACGCGCUCAAGCCCAUCCUCAAUGCACAGGCGCGCUUCCGCAAACGCAUCCAAAGCGACGGCGGGGCGGUCAUGGGCGCCUUUGAGCGCAAAGCCAAGGUCGGCGGGCUGGUCCCGAGCUUGCUUGGCGUCCUCGUCUCGCUUCCGCUCCGCGGCCUCUCGCCGCUCAUUGGCCUCGUCGCAUCGCACUACGCCACGGCGCUGGAGGAGGAGGAGCUGCUGGCGAUCGUCAACCGAGUGGGCUCGCGGUACCUUCCGCUGGCCACGACCUGGCGCGACUUUGUCAUCACCCACCUCCAUGCUUUUACACGCGAGCUCGUCGAGCCGGACCUCAAGGCCGAGGUGGACAAGAUUGUGGACGACGGCGAGGCCGUCGGCCGCGAGCUGGUGGCCUUUGUGUACGAGAUGGCGACGUCGAUGGUCGAAGACGUGCUCGACAAGGCAUCCGGGACGGUGUCUGCCGCCCUCGACGAGCUACAGGGCCUGUCGUGGGACGAGGCGCAGGACGCAAUCAAGGGUGCGAUUCUGGAGGCGGACGCGCUGGUGAGCCCCUGGGCCCGGGCGUACUCGACUCUGUACUCGGAGGGCGUGGGCGCCAUCGUGGCCGACUUUGACCGCGACCUUGCACGGGCCCACGUGAGCGUGGCACUGACCAAGCUUAGCGAGCUUGUGCCCAAGAUGCUUGUGCGGCGGUACGACGUGGUUGUCAAGGAUGCCGCUGAAGCGCGUGGCCUGGUCUCUCAGGCCUUUGCGGACAUGAACGUGGUGCUGGAGACCGAUUUCGGCCACCGGAAUGCAGAGAAGGCGCUCAUCGACGUGCUGCUAGCCCUGUGCACCGCGCCACGGGGCGCUCUGCCUAGUGCCGAUACGGCUGUUCGCGAGCGCGUGCUUGCCGCCAUUGCGCGCGACGGAAUUGUAGACGCACUCCGCGGGGUGGGCGAACGGUCGCCGCUGGAGCGGGCACUCGAGGUCGCCGAGCUGUGGACAAAAAACUCCCACGGCGAUCUCGGUGAGAUCGACGCGCUCGACGACUCACGGCGGAGCCGGCGGCACGACGUCCGCGACGCAUUGCUGGUCGACAACGACGAUGUUCAAGGCCGCUCGCCCGAGGCGCAGCUAGUCAAGCUCCUCACCUCGCUGGGGCUGGAGCGCGAGGUUGAGCGCGGUGCAGCGCGCGGCGCCCGGGUCGGUGCAACCGGUGGCGACUCGGACUCGGACUCGGACGACAGUGAGGCUGGCGGCAACGAGUGGCUCGAUGCAGAGCUACGCGAGGCGGUGACGCUUUCGGAGGCCGGGCUCUCUAUGUCGGACCGCGAGCGGCGGCUCUGCAAGACCCGCAGGGUGCUGCAGCGGGUGAUGAGGAUCUCGGGAAGCUCGACAAAGCAGUAUCCAAAGCUCUCGCUGCACGGAAUGGUGCUGCUCGCCCGGGUAUCGACCAAGCUGCUCACUGACCUGCGGCAGCUCUUCCACAUUGUGGGCGAAACGGACGAGGCCGACGGGGCGGUGCUCCGCGAGCUCUUUACCCUCAACUACGUCCUCAUCCACACAAUGGACGAGGUGGCGAGAGGCAAGGCCAACGCAGCCGAGGCUGCGCAGCUGUUUGACAUCCUCGACGCGCUCUUUGAGCUCAUGACCUCGAUCGGCCACCGGGUGCGGGUGGUGCAAGGCGAGCUGGCAGUCGGUGCCCGGCUGACCCGCGGCUACCGGGAGAGCGCACAGGCGGUGGCAGUCGCCGCGCUGGAUCUGGCGAGCUGCCUGCUGAACACGGGCCACGCGUUUGCGCGCCAGCUGGCAGGCGAAGUGGCCAAGGCCUCGGUCAAGGCUGCGCGCGUGGCGAGCAAGGCUAAGGGCAGCGCUGCUGAUGCCGAGGCUAGCGGGAGCGAGGCCGAGUACGAGGCUGCGGUGAUGGAGGAGUUUGACUCGGCGGCAUGCGAGGCCGUCGUUGUUCUCCUCAUGAUCCAUGAGUCGUGGCCGGGCUUGCUCGUGGGCGGCGCGCGGGUGCCAGACUAUCUGGUGGCACACACCGCGGAGACGUCCGGAUUCAAGGCCGGGAGCGAACCGCUGGACGCGUCGGCGUCACGGAGCGAGCAGCUGCGGGUCCUUGCCGCCCGCGAGGGCGAGGUUGCACUCGAGGUCUCGGGCUGCCUCUAUGCCGUCUCGCGGAUCUUUGCGUGUGCCCAGCUGAAACGGGUUGCUCGUGAGGCCGUGGUGCGUUACGGUCGGUCUGGUGCAACCGAAGGGGCGCUGGCAGCCCUGGUGGGUGGUCUCGGCGAUGAGCGGGCUGGGUCGUUGUCGUCGUCGGACGAAGAUGACGAGGCUCGCCCCAGUGGAGAUCCGACCGGCGUGGGUCUCGACUCGCUGGGAGCCACUGUGGCCGAACUCUCCGAGAGUGGGCUGGACAAGGCCGGAGCCGAGGCUAUCGAGCUCAUUGAGUGGAUGGUGCGGCAGGCAGCGCCGGUGCCGGGCGAGCUGCAGGAUGCCGAGUUUGUCAUUGCGCUUGCAGAGGAGGCGCUGGUGACGUACGCUGGGCAGGUUGUCGGGCGGAAGCGGGCACUCGGCUCGACGGCGCACAAGAUGAAGCGGACGCUGGACGCAAUGGGCAAGUGGCGCGAGACCAAGGUGAACACCCAGAUGCCGCUGGCGUUUGUGGCGCACGCACUCGGACUUGGAGCGCUGGACGCGUCGGCAAUUGCGGUGGCAUCGUCGACAACCAAGACCGCGCUCGUGCGUGAGCUCAUUGACAUUGCCUACGACGAGGUUGUCGGUCGGCCCGAGGUGCUCUCGGAGGCGGUGGCAAAGCUCCCGAUGCGGACGAGCUCUGUCUCGCUCAGCGCGAUUGUGGAGAGUGUGACGGCGGCGGUGGAUCCGCACGCGCUGCUGGACCGACUCGUCGGUGCCAUUGUACGUGUGCUUCUGCGGCCGCAGUGCUACGUCGAGACUGUGCUGCAGUGCAUCGGUGAGCGCGAGUCGCCGCGGUCUGUGCGUGCAACGAUCAUGAGCCGGCUUGCGAUGAUGAAGCGGCCAUUUGACAAGGAGCUUGUCAAGCGGCUGCUGAACCCGAACGGGGCGCCGCUGUUUGUGGCGUCGACCAGGACGCUUGAGCGUUUCAAUGCUGCAAGCAAGGUGGGCGACGCGAUGGUCAGCUACCUUGCGGUUGCAGUGCCACGGAUGGUGGCGUCGCUGCCGGGCACGCUUCAGGAGGAGAUGCAGAAAGAGGCGCGACUCGCCUUUCGUGCUAUUCUCUCCAACUUUGUGCUCUCGUUCCAGCACAUGCGUGGGCUGCUUGUGGAGGACACCUUUGAGGCAAUGCUCGAGGUGUUUGGCCUGCCAUACGGGACGAUCCACCUCGGGCGUGCGUCGAAUGUGAUGUAUGUAGAGACGCGCGCCGCGCGUGCUAUUUUGGACGGGCUCUCAUCGGUACCGGCCGGAUGGGCCGAGCAGGACUUGCUUGAAAAGAUGUGCAAGGUGCACAGCUCUGCCGAGACCCAGGCCGGGGCCCUGCCCGAGGCGGCAACCGGCAACGAGACUGUUGAAUCGCAGCGUGAGAUUGUGUCUGUGGCCAAGGCAACGUCUGGCUGGGUCAUGGCACGCAUGGAGGGAUCGCUCAAGUGGAGCGCCGCCGUGGAGGCUAUCUUUGGCGACGAGGCUCAAAAAUCAUCAUUUGGCCAAGCAGGGGAGCUGGAAGCCGAGCUGGAAGCCGAGCUGGCUCGGAUGGAGUACGAGAUCCGCGCGCGACGCGAGGAGCAGGCCGAGGUGCGGGCAACAGCAGCUGCCGAGGAGGGUGGGAGCGAGGACCGCACUGUCAAGGCCAAGGCCAAGUCCAAAGCCAAGUCCAAGUCCAAAGCCAAGUCCAAGUCCAAAGCCAAGAGCAAGGCCAAGGCCGAUGCGCCCAUGGAGCUGUUCAAGGUGGCGGACGCGGACGCGCGGAUUCGGCGGUUGGAGUGGCGCGUCGAGGCAUUGGGGCGGGUGCUCCGGGUUGGGCGCGAGCUCAGCCCGCACGCCGAGAACAGCGCUGUGCUGGAGGCGCUGUGCGAAGUGGGCGAAGCGCUCAACGAGUUGUGCAAGGUGUACACACCUGUGAGUGCACAGCGUGGCGUUGUGCUUGCGCUUGUGGCGCAGAUCACGCAGCAGCUGUCAACAGAGGACUUUGGUGACCUCGUAGAGGAGGUGAUCGAGGCCGGACGCGUGUUUGAGAGCGGGGCCGUAAGCGCAGUCGAGUUUGUGUGGCUGCGGAUGGCGCUGACGCUGGACACGCGGCGGACGCUGGGUGGGCUACUGGAGCGGCUGCAGAUCGGUGUGAGCGAGUUUGGGCUGGACAUUUCGUUCAAGCCGAACGUGACCGACUGGUUGUACGAGACAAUGACGGACGAGGCCGCUGGAGUGCUUGCCAACAAGUUUGGCGUGCGAAAUCGCGAGACGUUUACGAUGGGCAACCUGUUCGGCGACGCGACCGGCUCGUUUGCGCGGUAUGUCCUGAGCAGCGACUCGUAUCACGACAAGGUGCCUGCGCGACCGGGUACGUUUGCGCUGAGCGACGAGGAGGUGGAAGAGCUGCAGAGCCACCUAUGCCAGCUGUUUACGCGGUGGAAGGUUGCCCUGACGGGGACGCCACUGGAGCUGGUGGCGUACGCGCUGCAGUACAAGUGGACGGCAGACUUGGGCUCAGAGAUGGGCCAGGUGUGGAUGAACUUUAUGUCGGGACGGAUGUUCGACUGGCUGCUGUACGAGGAGAUGUUUGGCAAGGACGCGAUGGGGCGGUGGCUCUACGCGCGCGAGGUGGAAGAGUACCUGCGGCUGUGUGACCGCGGAGCUGCCGGACGCGAGGAGGCUGUAGCGUUCUUCAGCAAGUGGAUGGGCGGGAUCAAGGGCUUCUCGUCGCGCAACAGCGCCCACGGCCGGGCUGGCAAUGUGUACCUCUGGUUCCGUGGGAUCAUGGAAGACAUGAUAGCGGGCGACUACUUUUUCUGCUACUUUGACGAGGCUCGGGCCGAGGGCUUCAAGAUCAAAUCGAUGCUGAAGACGCCCGUGCUCGAGCACGAGCUGUUGGGGCAGAUGACGAAGCUGCUUGCGUCGUCGAAGCGUGCCAAACAGCUUGUGACGCACGCGGCGGUGGAGGCGGUGGGUCCUGUGGCACAGGUGGUGGUCAUCAAGCUGCUGAGGCAGUUCCUCCGCAAAGUUGUGUUGGGCAAGCUGAAGGAUGCGCUGCGCCGUGUGGACGCGCGUGUGCUGGAGGAGGUGAUGGCCCAGGUUGUGGCUGCCGUCCGAACGUCGCCACUGGCCAAGCUGGCAGGUGUCUUUGAGGGACUGUCGGGCGGCAAGGUGCGCGCGAUUGUGGGCGCCUUCUUUUCUGCCUUUGCCGACGCGUUCCUCCGGGCGCUCGAGGCAGACAUGGGCAAGAUGACAGUGUUCGGCUCGCAGAUUGUGGUCAGCUUUGUCGAGGCGCGGCGGAGUGGCGUAUCUGUUCCCGAGCUGCUGGCGCUUGUGGAGGCGAACCUGGGCAUGAUCGUGGACAUUGUGAAGGAGGUCGACAUGGAGGUGUUCAUGUCGAGUGUGGUCGGCGAGCUUGUGGAAGCGCUCAUUCCGGGGCGCGUCCUUGUCUCGCUCCGCAAGCUCGGCGCGACAUGGUCCAAGUCGGACUCGGAGGCGGCGACGCUCGGUGAAGGAAGCUCGAGCGGGUGCUGCGGAUGCAGAGGAGGUGGGAGCCUUACUGCAGAGAUCGACGACGACGACGGCGACGGCGAGGUCGGUGAAGAAGACAACGGGGCCGUGGACUUUGGCGAGCUUGUGGAGGCGCUGGCAGAGCUUGUGGGCGAACUGGUGACCGAGAGCGACUUUGGCGAGCUGCUGAGCAAGCUCAAGGGCGUUCUGGGUGUGCCUGCCAUGGCUGUGGUCAUGGACGGCUACCGGAGGCGCGGGCUGGACUACGGCGGCAGCGUCGUGGCCAAGUUCUACACGCGGGUGUUUGAGCGUGCCGGUGUUGGCUCUAUGGCGUAUGACGAGCUGGUGGAGAUGAGCGAGCGUGCAGAGAGCGGCAGCGGAGCAUCGUAUGUGGCGAUUGUGGACCGGCUGCUGAAGGCGUCGGAAGGCGGGGACGAGGAGAAGGACGCCACCGACGCAGAGAAUGCUUACGACGCCGACGAAGAAGGCGAGGAGGAGGAGGAAGGGAAGAGGAAGACUCGCUUCAAGCUGGCGCCGAAGCGGAUUGCGAAGGCUGUGGCGCAGGCCGAGGGCGAGACCGAACUGCUGGGACAGUUCCUGCGGGAGCUUGUGGGGCUGGCCAAGGUCAUCACGUCGCGGAGCGAGGGCGGAGCCGACGGAGCAAGGGCUGGCAACGGCGACGAGGGUGGCGACGAUGCAGAUGGUCGGUCCAGUCGGUCGAUGUCGCAAUCUGUACAUGCGCUCGCGGAAGUGAUGCACAACAUGGUGUCAUGGCGGGAGCUGGGCAAGGAGAUGGUCGUCGAAGCAAUGACCGGCGUGGAGCGCAAGUUCAACGCCGAGAUCUGGCCAGAGUUUGCGGGGCGUCUGCGGACGCAGGUUGCCGAGGCGCUAGAGGCGCUGGAAGACGCUGAAGACGAGGACGAUGAGCUGGAGACGGCGCGCGAGACCGUGACUUCAGUGCAGACGAGCCUGUUUGGGUACCUGGAGGUGGUGGCACAGGUCAUGGUGGCAUCGACCGAGAGCGGCGAGGUAGAGCUCGCGCUUGUGCGUUCGCUGUAUGCCGAUGGCGAGAGCGGGUCCAUCUCGAACAUGGUGUCUGGCAAGCGUGGCGGAGGCUGGGACGUGCUGGGCGUGCUCGGGACGGUGUUCCCGCUGCUGGGACAAUCGCUUGCGGUGCUGAGCGAGGGUGUGCCUGGGGCGGAUGAGUACUUUGCCCAGCGGAACGACGGGUUUGGUCUUCGUGUGCUUCAGGUGCUCAACGAGUGCCGCGUCGACACGGGGCGGCUGCUGAGCUCUGGGCACGAGUCUGAGGCAUUCGAGUUUGCGGACGUGAGUGGGGCAUCUGGAGCAUGGGAGCAGGUUGUUGUGGAUGCCAUCAAGGCUGUGUUCUUCCCGUUCUCUGAGUCUCUUGGCCCGCGCGGGUUCGACAUUGAGCAGAGCGCGAGCGAGGUGCUCGGCGAUUUGGAAGAGCGGAUGCUGGACUUGCUUGACUUUGUGCAGCAGACGCUGCGCGGGUUCUGGCGGAGCGCUGUUGCUGCGGUGGACGAAGACCAAAGCCUGGGUGCCCAGCUGGCCAAGCGGGCGUGGGCGGUUGUUGGCGAGGAGCUGCGGCGACUUGCGGUGACCGGGCGGGAGGUGCGGCGGAUGGGACGUGAGGUACGUGGACGUCUGGAGUUUGCGUCGACCGAGGUGAUGGAGCGUGUUGGCGGAAGCGUGGAGGAGGUGAUGCGGUACGACGAGGCGAUGCCUGCGGCACUGGAGGCGUACCAAGAGGCCGAGGGCGCGUAUACGGCCGCCAAAGAUCUCGUGGAAGGGCUGCUGGGCGAAGUGAGCGACUACGUGUUUGGUGAGCUGCUACCCGGGCUUGUGGGCGAGGUCUUUGACCUUGUCCUCAUUCCGACGUCUGCAGCGACGGCGUCGUGGAAGGCUGUGCUGCCACUUGUUCUCGAGUUUGUGCAAGAGCUUGUGAGUGCGUCGCCGCUUGUGCUUGUGAACCAGAUCCUUGGGCUUGCAGCGAGCAAGGUUGUGGACGGGCUGCACUCGCAGGAGGCGAUGGUGCUCUCUGUGCUGCGAUCGCUGCGGCUGCGGCUGCAGGGGCUCGUGCGGCAGCCGCGGUCUGUGUGGCGCGGCGUUCAGGCUGUGGGCGGCCUACUCGAGUCGGGCGCCGACGGCGACGUUGUGCUGCGGCGCGUGUUUGCCUGGGUUGACGUGCGCGGCCUGAUGCAGGCGCUCGCUGCAGAGCUUUGCUCGCUGGUUGUGGCGCCGCACAAGGUGCUGCUCGGCGGGCUUGUCUCGCCGCUCGCGGCUGCGGCUGCGAGCCAAACGGAGGCGCUGCUGGAGCUGCAGGGGCAGCUGCUGAGGCAAGCGCCCGAUGUGUGGAGCGAGGUUGGCGAGAUUGUCAAGCGCGCUGCGAUGGUCGGCCUCUCGCGCGAGACGCUUGUGUCCGGCAUCCAGGGCCAUGUGGUAGGCGUGGCCAACGACCAGGGAUGGGAUGCCGAGGAGGGCCUUGUGCUCAACUACUUUUACGUGUUUGACCAGGUCCACGACGGCGUGCUCAAGCUGAUGAAGAGCAAGUUUGUGAUGCGGGUGGAGAAUGCUGUGGCGCGUGCGCGGGAGCAAGCGCCUGCGGCUGUGGAACAGUUUGUGCUCCGGCUUGUGCUUGGGUGGCUGGAGGGCGGAGGGAGCGAGACGUCGCUCCGCGGCUUCCUGGAAGGCGCGACCGAGAACGUGGUGACGUUUGUGUCGCAGGUCGAGGGCCUGGCAGAGGAGCUGCUUGUGGGCUUUCUGGAGUCUGCAGGCGAGGCGCUGGUCGAGUACGCAACCGAGACGCUGCUGGCCGGUAUCGGGCAGGCUGCGCUUCGGAACGUGAGCGUUGUGGCGCAGCAGAACGCGAGCGUGGUCUCGUUGCGAAAGCUGUUCAACGCCAUGCACGACCGAGUGCGGGACGUGGUGAAAGAGAUGCUGCAGCACGAGGCGCUUGAGGAUGUCCUGGCCAGCGGCGAGGAUGUGGCCAGCUGGCUGGAGCCUGUGUAUGGCUGGAUGGCCGACGGCGGACUAGAGACGUUUGUCGGUGGCUCGCCGGACGCCGAGGAUGACGAGGACGUGGUCGAUCAAGUGCUGCGGCUGUGUAAGGAGGCGAGCGGCGGCGGACAAGGUGGCAGCAAGGUCAACGAGGUGCUCGCGGCUGUGGUGAGCGGGCUCCGGGCCGCGGUGGAGGACGCGAUGGAGGAGGGAAGCGAAGGCGUGUUUGUCAUGGCGGCGCGAGCUCUGGAGGACGGCGUGCUGCAGAGCCUGAAGGACGGUGGCGAGGCCGGCGGCGCUGCGAUGAUGAGCCGGCUGAUGGCGAUUGUGGCCAAGGGCAUGGAGGCUGUUGCGUCGCGGCGGAGCGAGGAUGUGCUGGCGCUGCGGCGGUCGGGCGAGCGCGUGGACGAAGCCGUCGAGGUACUCGGAGGCGAGCUCUCCGAGUCGAUCGGUGAGGACUACUACGAGCGUGCGUUUGUGGCGUCGUACGUGCUGGAUGUUGUGUGCGAGCCUGUGCUGCGGAUGAUGGUGUCGUCAACCAGUCCGGCGGCGAUGCUGACGAGUCUUGUGGCGGCGCGAAAGAGCAGGAGCGCGCAGAUUGUGGUGAAGAGCUGGCCAAGAAUUGUGGCGCAGUUUGCUCAGCGUGUGCUGUCCGAGGUAGGCGGCGCCGACGGCGACGAUGAGAGCGGCGGCGAGGGGCGGCGGUGGAGACCGCUGGAUUUUGUGCGGUCGUUCUUUGGCGACGACGUGGGCAGGGCGGCGAUCAAGGUGGAGACGAUGGAGGCCGUGGCGCGCGCGUCGGGCAAGUGGGUGUCGCAAGUGGUGGCGCCCGUGGCCAAGUCUGGCGCCGGGGCCAACAAGGCUGCUGGGGCAGGCGGAGCGUCGCUUGUGGCGCGCGGGCUCGGACUCCGUGGGCUCGGGGUGCAGGCGUACGUCGAGGGCGUGGUGGACGGUGUUCUGCUCAACGGGCCGCUAGGCCCGGUCUUUGCGCCACGGUCCGGUGUGAUCAAGGCUGCAGUCGCCGGGCUCGAUGAGAGCAUGGCCGAGCGGAAGCUCGGGCAGCUCAUCGGCGAGCUUGUUGCGGCGAGUGCACGCAAGGCGGCAGAGGGCUCUGAAGAGGCGCUGGUGUACCUCGUGCGGUUCCUGGCAGCGCCGGAGCUCGGCCCGCGAUUUGUGGAAGCGCUGCUUGUGGGCGCGAGCGUGGGCAUUGCGAGCGUGCAGGAGGCGGUUGCGAGCGUUGUGGCGUGGGCGCGGCUGAUGGUGAAGAAGGGCGCCGGGAAGCGAGGCGAGGUGGUUGCAGCGCUUGUGGGCCAGUGGCGGGCGCUCCUCGCCGAGGUCCCCGCCCUGGCCAAGAAGGAGAUGGAGUCUGGCGGAAGCGUGCUCGAGUCCGAAGUCCUUGCGCCGUACCGAGAGGUUGCGGAGGAGCUUGUGGGCAAGAUCCUGAGCAACUCGCAGUCCACCAUCCGGACGCUCAACUCUGUGCUCGGCAAAACGACGCAGGUUGUGGAGGGAGGGAAGCGGAUGCUGUCGUCUGUAGACGAGAAGCUCAACCGUGGCUUUGCGGUGAUUGUGGACGAUGUGGUGGCCGAGGUGAAGAGCCAGACUGCGGGGCGGUCGUCGACUGUGGAGGAGAGCGAGCUGCGUGACAAGUGCGCAGAUGCGACAAGCGUGGCGAUGAAGCAGCGGGUGAAGAGCGUGUUUGGCGUGAGCGACACGCAGCUUGCAGUGAGUCUCGGCGUGGCCGUCCUCCUCCUGGCCAUCAUUCUCGCCUUUAUCUUCCUCGGUGUGAGCGCGUUCCGCGGCGGUGGCGCGGCGACAGCGCUCAUCAACUCGAUCCUGGUGGUGGUGGGUGGGUUCGGGACGAGCGCCGGUAACUCGAAGAGCGGCAGCGGCGUGUUCCGCAUGGUCAUGCCCAAAAUCCAGGCCUUCCUCGAGACGUGGGUGGGCAAGGCGAUGGUGGGCGGGCUGGUGAAGGAGAUUGCCGGCGAGGUGGUGGUGGAGAUGGUGCGGGACGACGCGCUGCUGUGAGUCGCGUCCCAGCCCCGCAGACCUUGCCCGGCUCGGCACUGCCGAUGUCAGCCACAGUGGUA